GAAACGGAAAUGAUAGUUGGUGUUUUUGUGUAGCUGAAAGGCGCCGAGCUGAAACUGACUCCGUGAGUUUAGACUGUCUGAGGCCGCACAGACCAUCGUCAGACCGCCGGGACUCUCCGGGACUCUGUGGUGAACCUCCGGUACCGACUGUAGCCGUUACCGUCCGCCGUUUGGUGUCCUCUCUGGUGACUGUUAGCCGUUAGCCGUUAGCCGGUAUUGUGGGGUGUCAUGGCGGCGGGAGGCGGCGCGGCUCCUGCUCAUGUCGGAGAUGUUGAAGAAGAUGCUUCACAGCUGCUGUUUCCUAAAGAGUUUGAGAACGCAGAGACUCUGCUGAACUCGGAGGUCCACAUGUUGCUGGAACACAGAAAGCAGCAGAACGAGAGCGCCGAGGACGAACAGGAACUUUCCGAGGUCUUCAUGAAGACCCUGAAUUACACGGCUCGCUUCAGCCGCUUCAAGAACAGAGAGACCAUCACCGCUGUGCGCAGCCUACAAGAGUUGCUGUGGUCCUGCCAGAUGCCUCCUGCUGCUGCUGUUAUCAUUAGUCACACUUCUGCUGUUAUUACGCCGGUCCGAUUAAACGCCGGGGCGAUUAUUUCCUCAUUCAUUGCCUCAAGGAGGGACAGCCCUCGCGAGCUGCCCUCUCCCUGCCUGUAUGUUUGUGUUUUCAGUUUGGAGGGUCGGUUUGAGGACGAGGAGCUGCAGCAGAUCCUGGAUGACAUCCAAACCAAGAGAAGCUUCCAGUACUGAGACCAGGACCUGGACUGCUGUCUGUGACUCUGCUUCUCCUGCUGGACUUCACCCUCAGUCUUACCUGGACCUCCGUCUGCUUCAUCAGCUGGUGUCCAGGACGACUGAACUGAACUGACUGAUCCUGACCAUGUAAUGUGAUGACAUCACUCAGGUGUCACAGUGGUCAUGAGGAAACUCUGCUGAACACUUCCUGCUACUGUCACAAUAAACGUUUUUUUUUUUUUUA